AUGCGCCAAUUCAGCAGCUACAAUGCUGCAAAUCUCCUCACUUUCUUCCUCGGCGCAAGAGUCGCCGCAGAGUCCACCUGGCCCCAGCAGACCUUCCGCAGUACCUCUAUCCAAGCGCCAUAUCUGAACGUCACCAAGAAUGGCAAAACAGAACUAGGCAACCUCUUCUUCUCUCCAUCCUCCUCGAGCAUGGAAUGGAGCUACCCAGCCAUAUACUCCGACGACGGUCAGCUUGUAUGGCAAGGCCCCAAUGCCAACACCUCCGCCUACCAGCCCCAAAUGCUAGACGGCGAACCCGUCCUCGCCUACUGGCAGGGCGCCAACUACCUAGGCUAUGGCUUUGGAGCAAUCAGCAUCCUUAACGCCUCCUACCAAGAGAUUCACCGCAUAACACUCCCCGGGACUGAUGACCAACACUUCGUCACCACCGCCGACCCGGAAACCUUCCCCUCCUACAUCGACAUCCACGAGAGCCAGAUCACCUCAGACGGCGCCAUCCUCGUAACAGCCGUGAACGUCACCCAAUGCGACCUCUCCCCCAUCGGCGGCCCCAAAGACGGCUGGGUCCAAGACGGGCUCUUCUACGAAAUCGACAUCAAGACCAACAAAGUCCUCUUCCGCUGGAGCACAGUCGAGCACCUGUCCGAAAUUCCCUUAACAAACACCGAACUCCCCUUCCUAGGAUCCGGCACCAGCAAGUCCGAUCCCUAUGAAUAUCCGCACCUCAACUCGGUAGCCAAAUACGGCGACUCCUACCUCCUCUCCUCCCGCUUCAUGUGCAGCAUCUUCCUCCUCGACAAACACGGCAACGUAACCUGGCACCUUCACGGCCAAAAAGGCGCCUCCUUCACCCUCCUCCCCGGCAGCAGCUUCUGCUAUCAACACGACCCACGCUUCAUCAACUACUCCCCGAACGCGACAUCCCUAACACUACACCUACACAACAACGAAAACGCCAACAUCUUCACCUCCCCCACAACCAUCACCACAGGCCUAACCCUCACCCUCGACAUGCAAAACCAUACCGCAACCGCCGUCCGCAAGCUCUGGAACCCCGACGCCCCCCUCUUCGCCGUAAGCCAGGGCGGCUUCCAGCCACUUCCGAACGGACACGUGCUGCUCCAGCACGGCGCGAUGCCGGUGAUUGAGGAAUACGAUGAGAACGGGGCGUUGAUGAUGAACGCGCGGUUUGGGUUCGAUGAGUCGACGCAGUCGUAUCGGGGGUAUCGGUUCCGCGAGUGGGUUGGGAAGCCGACGACGAGGCCGGAGGCAGUGGCGUGUCGGGAAGGGGGUAGUGUGGUGGUUUACGUGAGUUGGAAUGGGGCGACGGAUGUGAGGGGGUGGAAGGUAAGGAUGGGGAGUGAGUUGGGGGUUGUGGGGGAUGUGAGGGAGAAGAAUGGGUUUGAGACGAGGAUUGUGCUGGAUGGGGUGGUGGGGAGGGAUGGGGAGAAGGUGGUUGUGCAGGCUGUUGGGGGGGUCGGGGAUGGUGUGCAGUCCGGGGUUGUUAAGCUAGAGUAA